AUUCAUUCCUUGUAAUUCGAACAUAUAUAGCUCAGCCUUAAUCAUCUUCAUCUUUACUCUUUAAAGUGAAACUAGUUAUUAACGAGAAAAUUAAUAUGGCUCCACCACCUCCUUCACCGCCGUCGGUUACGUUGAGGACAGUACUCCUCCUCUUUAGGGUUUUGACAGCGGCUUUCUUGGUUAUAACGGUGGUCCUCAUCAGCACCAACACCGUCACCCUCGAAAUUUCAAGAACGUCUAUCAAAUUGCGUUUUAACGAUGUGUAUGCUUUUAGAUACAUGCUGUCUGCUGCCGUCAUCGGACUACUUUACGCCCUCGUACAACUGUUCUUGCAAAUCACUCAAUUCGCCACCGGAACUACACAUCCUCUUAAUUAUCAAUUCAAUUUCUAUGGUGAUAAGAUAAUAUCAUAUUUACUUGCAACGGGUUCUGCGGCUGGGUUUGGAGUGAGCAAAGAUUUGAAAGACACAUACCUAGCAUUUAUAGUGUUUGAUUCGACUGAUCCUGUGGAUGAGUUCUUCAGUAAAGGAUACGCAGCGGCCAGUCUUCUCCUCUUGGCUUUCGUCUCUCUUGCCGUUUUAUCCGUUUUCUCAUCCCUUGCUCUUUCUAAGCAACCAAUUCAAAACUCAUAAACACACAUAUAUAUCAUUGUAUCCCUACAUGCAUUCCUUCAUUCUAAUUCAUGGUUCUCCCACCAAAUGUGGAAUUCAAUAAAAUUAUAUUAUAUGCUUUUUAAGAUUCUUUGGUCA